AUGAAUUGCAUUUAUUUUAUUUUGGUAGAUAAAUAUUACGUUGUUGAUGCUGGUCUACGGCACACAAGAGGAUUUUUAGCUCCAUUCAAAGGAAUGCGCUAUCAUUUGCAGGACUACCGAGGAAGUGAAAGAGAGCCUAAGAAUGGAAAAGAGCUAUUUAACUAUAGACAUGCUUCUCUGCGCAAUGUAUUUGGAAGAACUUUUGGUGCGUGGAAAAGUAGAUUCAGAAAACUAAGACAAAGUAUGAACAACUAUGAAUGUGACAUGCAAGUGAAAAUAGUAAUUGCUUGCGCUGUAUUGCAUAAUUUUUUACGUGAACACCAAAGUAGUGUUGGAAUAUUCAAUGAAUAUGAAAAUGAUGAUAUGGUUGUUGAUGAAAGUGACGAACUAUUGGCUCAAGGUAACAACAUCGCUUCAUCUUCUCGAUCAUCUGAUUCGGAAAUGCAAGCUCAUCGAGAAGAGAUUGUUCAUAAAAUGUGGGAAGAUUAUAUUAAAGAAUAG